AUGGAGCUGAUGUUUAGCCGGGGUGGCAGGAUUGUAGCUCUUUGCUUGGUCGCGGUGGCGAUCGCUGCCCCUCCCCAAAGGACAAACUACUCUCCAGACAAUGUUCAAAUUCUCAAAUAUGAGAACGACAACCUGGGACUCGGAAACUACGAAUACCGAUAUGAAUUGUCUGAUGGUACCGGUGCAGAGCAAAAGGCUGAGCUAAGGAACGAGGGUCGGGAAGACGAGUCCAUCGCUGUCAAGGGAUCCUUCACCUGGGUAGGACCUGACGGAGUAUUCUACCGUAUCAAUUACGUUGCUGACGACAACGGAUACCAGCCCGAGAUCGAACAGGGACCCGGAGGAGCUGUCCCACCCGCAGUCGUUGCCUCCCUUCUCGGUUAA